CACAAUGUAACCAAAGUUAUAUGAAAUAUGAAUUACUCAUACGAUGUCUAGUGAGGGCCGGCGUUAUUAUUAAUAUUGUAACUUAACAUUUUUAUACAUAAGUAAAGAAAUAAAUUAACAAGAUGUCAAAGAAGAUCGAUACGGCAAAGAGUGCGCUGAUGACGAUUGAAGUGGAUCCCAGCGAGUGUCCCUUUAGGGAGUUCAGGGAUAAUGAACUACAUCCCGAUUUUUGGGGAUUAGGCCCAGCGGCGAACAGAGCAGCAAUGUUAUUAAGCAAGCAAGUUAAGCCAGCGACAGAUGCAGCCUGGGUGGACGACCAGACGCAGCCGUUACCAAGGUCUGUGCGGCAGUACCUUCACGGAUGGAUACGAGCCGAGGAGCUGGCUCUUGACAGAUGGGAGGCGGAGGUCUUGAUUUUUGAGGAUAACAAUGAUGGCGGCAGGAUGUCUCAAAUUGAAAUACAGUUGAGUCACGCACAAGUGUUACUGCGCUCGUCAUUCUGCAGACGGGUGAUGUCGGCGUGCUUCAUGCUCGAGAGGAUUGAAGCUUUCACGGUGGAACACCAAUGGGAGAACUUUAUCUUCAGCCUACAGCCAGAUGGCUGGAGAGCCAGGUACCACAUCUACUCACCUGGCAUGAAGCCAGGUGGUGGAGCGCAACAUCGACCCGGAUUGUCUAAAAAUGGGUGCUACCUCGUCAGACUCUUCUACCUUGGAGCAUGGCGCUGUAUUUGGGUCAGUGAUCAGGUGCCAGUGGAUGCUACUGACUCCCCUCUGCUACCCUUCUCCCCCCUCAUCAUACACACCCCGAAAUCUGGUCCCAAGCAGGUGGUUACUACAGUUACCGCUCCAUACGUGCACCUGUGGCCUUUGUUAUUGUGUAAGGCGCUGUUGAAACUGGCCGCGCCUGAUAUGAAUUCGGAUGAGGGGAUGGACUGCGCUGAAGACGAGCCGAUGUCAGAAUUCAGCGUGCUCCACGCUUUGACUGGAUCAAUGCAAAUGAUUUAUCGAGGACUUGAUGCCGAGGGGACGUGGGACCUCAUCACGCAAGAAGUACCAACAUUCGCCUGGGAUGAAGACGACGACACCAUGGCCAGCACUGUCAAGUCCAAAAGCACGAAGAAACCGUUGAACAAGGAAAAUUCUCCUGUUAGAAAAGGGUCAGUCGCAUCUGUACUUCUCGAAGACACUAAGAAUCUCCAGCCAUACGCCUUACCAGGCAUAACUCCUGCACACGAAAUGGAUCUACUUGUCACCAUGGCCAGAGAUCUGCCACUGAAGAAACCACUUCCUGAACCUGAGGUCUCACCAUGGAAGUAUUACCGCUGGAUUGACUGGGCUAAAAGGCAUGGUCUGUAUGAUGCUUACGACUGCCCCAGGACGCGGUUCCUCAAAGUGAACGGCUUGUUGAAGCUGUCGCACGCCCCUCAUCUGUUGGACGUUGGCAGUACGGAAUCGAUAACCUUUGCAUUUAGAGAACAACACGAGAAAACCGAUCCACUGGAGAUAAAAAAAAAUAGAGAAGCUGGCAGCAAGACGAAUCAGUUUCCAAUGAGUCAACAAAUGCGAGAGGAGUUGAGGGAAUGGAUACAUUAUAAUGAGCUGAUACGUUACGUCAAAAACAUCAGCAUUAUUUUUUAUCCUUCGAUGUAUGAGUUUACAUCGGCAGCUAGUAGCCCUCCUAUAAGAGUCACCAAAGUGCCUCCAAACCGAGCUAUAGAUGUUGCCGCACCAAAAUGCGAACCUUUGUACCUUCAAAUCGACGGACCAGAAGUCAAUACACUAAGAAUGUCACUGAACGUAAUGCAUCCAAGAAUACUUCUCAAUUCGGGAAUACCUAUAGUAGACUAUAUUGAGCCAGGUUACAUGGUGUUGGAGAGGUUUGAAUGGUUCAAAGAUUGCGAAUUGCCUGUAGCAAAAGGCUUUAUACAGACACGGGGGUAUGAUAGCAUUGAAGUUAGUUUCCAGCCAGGAAGACAUUUUUGCAGGCUCUGGAUCCAUUCCCGUACCAAUUGGCACAUUAUGCUGCUCAGCGAGUCGGCCCUUCUGCUAGGUCCUAGGGACCUGAUCCAGUGCGCUUCGGUCAGAGAGUGCCCCUGGGCAGCCCGGUUCCUCUCCAACUUGUCAGCUGCGUUCAUAUCUUGGGUCCGAGGGCCAAGGUCUACUACAGAAUUUUCGAAUGUUGACAGGGACUUCUAUAGAUCGUACCAACCAGAUCUGGAGUGGGACCCCGAAGUCGUGGGUUACGAGAAGUUUAUGAUACAUUGGAUGUUCCGCAAUGCUUUGCAAGCUCACCUGACCAAGAAACUCCUGCCAGCGGAGUACCAUUCCGUUUGCUCUGCCCUGAGGCGGUACUUUUGUGACCCUGACUUUGGGUUCCCACCGAAACCAUUACCGACAAGGUCUUUAAGAGAAAUUGCUGAUCUGGAUCCGUGUGACUGUCUUAUGCCUGAAAUGGAAGAAAUUGAGCAAGGGGAAGAAGUUGAAGAACAGUCACAGGCAGGGGAAGCGGUUUCAGUAGUGGACUCAGAAACAAUGCGAAUACUUCUUUCCCCGCCCACACCACCAAUUGCUUCCAAUAUUUGUGAGUUGGCAACAGAGGAAGUCCCAUGUGGGGUCCUCAAAGAGGAACGGGACAAGGCCAUCAAGCGUCAUGAAGCUGCGACCAUUCUGCAGGCUCAUUGGAGAGGCACUUGGGCCAGGAUGUGUAUGAACAGUUCUCCCAUGAUAACUGCUGAUGUUAUGAGAAUCAUCCUAGAAAGCACCUUUGGAAAUCUCGAGUCCUUAUCGAAUCUAAUGAACGAAUUCUUUUCAAUGUACCCCGGCGCCAGAUACGCAUACUCGGUAGCUUCUGCUCUAAGUGGAGUAUACGGGCUCCAACAACACACUGGAAUCACUCACGUCAAACCUAAAUGCAUAUGGGUGCCAUUUUUUCAAGGAACCUUUUACUGCCAUUCAGCUACUAAAGUCCACUUGGAUGUCACGAGCACCCUACCUCAAAGUGUGGUAGCUAUUUAUGAUAAUGAUACGGGAUUUCAAUUGCCACAAGUCUUCCACUCGCACAUUACGUUUGAUGUCAAUCCCAAUACUUACGGAUAUUCUGUCUUGGGACAUGGCGCGUUGAAUCAACCACAUGGAUCAAACGCAGAUAUCCAUUGGCAAAUAACCGUUCUCUGUUGUACAGAUGGCUCGUUCCAUGUCUGUGACAAUGAUCCAGAAGUAUGCAAAGAACUGCCCCUGCAAUCCUCUACUAAGUUGCAUAUUGAUGAAAUAUUUAUACCAAAUAGAAGGAAUAUAUUGGGAGGUGUUCAGAUUUCCGUAUCUAAACAUGAAAUUGUUAGUUUUAGAGCUGCGGCUACUGCGCCGGAGUUGGAGUUAGAAGCAGUGCUACGCUCAGCUACAAUGGACGGUGAAGUCUUAGAAAUCAGUCGUUGCACAGGCAAAGGGGAGCUGUAUUGGCCUUACAUAAGACUAGUACCGUUCCCGUCCCACAGCAACAUAGCACCAAUCAAGAAACAGAAAUCCUACUCUCAGGCUAACUUGCAGAGUUCAGUAGAAAGGCCAACAGUAAUGAGUGCUCGCUCCAUCAAAGGGGUCAAAGGGAUUAAACCUUCCUCUGCGAAAAACAGGUCUGUAAAUAAGUUCAAGGUGCUGCCGCAAGAACCUAAAGUGUAUACAAUUGAAGUAAUAGCACCUGAGGGUUGGCCACUCACCCUGGCUCAGUGGAAGAGGGUGGAUGAAGUGCGCAACUCAGUGGAAAAAGUUGAAACGGCCCCGAAGAAGCCUGUAAAGGAAAAGCCAUCGUCAGCCAAGGAUAAAGCAGCUCCCCCGCCGCCAGCGCCGGUGUACCAACCGCAACCUGACGAUGCCUACGUAGAACUGGAGUGUGCGUACUCGACUGCCCUCGGAGCUGUGUGCAAAAGAGACGACGAGAGAGAUCAGCUCUUUGCAUCCACAAUCAAGCAUUGGGAGGCUAACGAACCUGGCCGGAAUUUGAGGGGAGCUCAAAUCAGAAAAGACUUCCGAACCGAUUUCUUGGAAGCAUUGCCGCCGCCACCUACUGAGAGCGUACAUGCCAUGGAAGAAAUGCGUGGAGAAGUUGGUGGCGAAGAAGAAGAAGAUAAACAAGAACAACAACAAAGGCAAGGUCCUUCGCCGAUAACUGAAAGUGGAAUGAUCGAGAUGUCGGUGGAAACAGAAGAAGAGGCAAGAUAUUUGACACUGCCAGAUCAGCUCAGGGAUAAAUUCAUACCUUUAUAUUUCUUGCCAUUCUGCACGAAAGAGAUAGACGAAUCAGAAAGUGUGGUGCUAACACCAGAUAUGGCCGAAGCAGCUAAGCAGGACCGCCAUGUACGCAUCGAAGUAGCUCUAGAACGCAUGCGCGAGUUACAACUGUACAAUGAGCUAUACGUGCUAGGUAGACAGAAGCGCAGGGCCAAGUUAUUGGAGACACUGUUUCUGGAUUCUCAAUGGAACCCAGAUCUAGCGCAGGUGAUGUACGAAAGAGACGACGCUAUAGCAACAGAGACACUCAAUCGAACUCUCUCUGCUAACAAGAAGAAAGCAGAGGCUAAAGUGAAAAAAUAAAGAAAGAAUCCAGACAUAAAAGUGAGAAACAGGUGAAAUAUUAUUCGAUUUUUUGAAGUUAAUCUAAGAGAAUAAAGAAGUUGAGUUUGAUUGACCUAAGAAAACCUUUAUUUGUUAAGUUGUGUGUUGUGUGCUGAAAUUUAAUAAAUAUGAU